CGAGAGGGUGUCAACGAGCAGAGCAGACAACUUAUAAAGACUGCGUUCGCCGCGAUACUGCCUGCGCGUCCAUCUACAUCUACAAUCUUGCCACCCUUCAAAUUUCUUGUUGACUACCCUACUCUGACACUCGAGCCACAAUGACUUCUCCACUUUCUCCUUCGCACCAGUCCACUCUGCCUACUCGUACUAGUACGCUCGAUUCGGAGGAGGCCAUCCCUGAUGAGGAUAGCAGCGAGACCACCAAACUCUUCCACGAAAGAUUGCAGGCAUGGAAGCACGCAUGUGCUUACGUCGAGGAUUAUGUCCAAGCUACCGAGAAGAUGCACAAGGACAACGCCAAAGACUUCGAAAAAGUGCUGAAAACGGUCAGCCAUCCACUCAAGGAGGGCCAUCACUUCGACCAAAAUCUUGGAGGGGUCGCAGGAAUGUUUGACAAUAUAAGGUCUAACACCCAAGGCUUAGUGAAUCUGCAUAAUGAAACAUCGGCUUCCUUGAAGGGAUCAGUACUGCCAAUAUUCGAGCGGCUGCACAGCGAAAUCAAGCACAAAACCAAGGAGCUUAGCAAAGGGGCAGGCAAAGGAUCAAAGGCCGUAGACAAAGCACGCAAUACUUCACAGAAGCAUAUCGAAUUUUUGGGUCAGCACACUGCUGCUUUUGACUCACACGGUGGUUCAGUAAAAGCUGCCGAUGAUCCCUACAUCCUCCAGAGACAGGUGUACCAUCGCCUCAAUAAACAAGUCAUCGAAGAGAACAACAACCGCGAGGAUAUGCUGGCCGUGCAGAAUAACUUUGCACAAUUUGAGGCUCAUAUCCUGCAGACCUUUCAACAGGGCAUGGCGCAAUUCAACCAGAUUGUCUCUCAACAAGCAGAGAGCACUCGGACGAUGUACGGCGAUAUGCUCGGCAAUAUUCAACGCAUCCCCCCUGACUUCGAGUGGAAUGGUUUCGUCAAGCGCAACGUCGGUACACUCAUCGAUCCCAAUGGGCCAAAGAGAACGGUCGAGAGCAUUCGAUUCCCCAACCAGGACCAUAAAGCUACGCAGCCACUUAUUGCCGGUUCUCUCGAACGCAAGAAGAUGCUAAAGCGGUACGACGCGGGCUAUUAUGUGGUCACGCCCUCGAAGUAUCUUCACGAAUUCAAAUCAGAUGAUGAUUUCGCGAAGGAUCCUAGCCCGGAGAAUUCGCUCUAUCUCCCAGAUUGCAUGAUCGGCGCUGUUGAUGGUGUCAAGUUCAAUGUCCGUGGCAAGGAUACUAGCGGGAACGCUUUGAUGAACAAGAUGGGCAGAGCUCAUGAGUUCGCCUUCAAGGCACAUACUCCAUCAGAUGCACAGAAGUGGCACUCUAUCAUUGCGAGCGUUGCCGGACAGUCGACAAACGAGAUGCCAGGAAACGAUGAGAGUCCUGUUGGCAGUCCAGUCGUGGACAGGAGCGAUGCCCCGAGUGAGGCUGCGCCACAGCAGACUACUGGCACGAUAGAGUCGCCAGUCGCUCCAACGACUUCAGACCCAACCACAGUGAAUGCUGCAACGCAGCCUGCUAUCCCUCACACCACCGGGUCGGCCUAGACCACUGGCGAAACAUCCUUCUUCAAGAUCAAGAACCAGAGAAAUCAGCGGUGACAGCAUGAAAUUGUAAUGCGUGCGCAGCAGCUAGCUCGGAGUCGUAUGACAGUACACGAUUUGUGGUGCAGGCCAUUGUUGAGUUUUAAUACUCCCAGAUAUUGUGUAGCAAUAACCUCAAUAAUGGUAUAAUGUUGAUGCAUUG